AUGUCUCCCUCCCCUGAUUCGAAUGGGUCGUCGCAUUCUGAUGGCAUGAUCUCUCCAUCCCUGGAUCCAUUUUUUCAACAGAGGCCAGCAAACUCGCCCAUUCUUAUGCAGCAAGAGCAUGAACCUAUGGGAGGAAAUGGACUGUUAAGCGCAUAUAUGCGACUUGAAGAGCAGGUCAAAGCCUCACCGACUGCGGACAGACAAACAAAUGCUGGCAUGCGAGCGGGAUUUAUAUCAGCGCGUUUUUUCAAUGCAUCACUUGGUUUUCUGGUGUCUAACUGUUGGUUUACUAGGGCUGCUUAUACUAAGCUUGUAGAAUCCCUCUCACUAACUCUAGACCCUGUUGGCCUCGGUACCCUCCCCUCUCAGAGUCUGCCUGUGACGCUCAAGGCAAAGGAAAUCACGAUCCCAUCCUACAAUCGUGCCGACUUCCCCAGCAAGUUCAUAUGGACGAAGGAAGACUGGAAGAAGCUCCAGGAGAAACCAUCAACCCAGCUCGAAAAGUCGCAUCCACUGCGCUUCGUGGUUGACAAGAGUAAUAUGCCUAUUCCCUUGGAGCGUGUCACAGCAAUCCGUACCACAUCCCGGCGGGUGUUUGUGGACAUCUGGAACAUCAACGAGGCUCCCAAAAGCUGGGGAGCAGCAUCGGGAACUGCUAGUAAGCUCUAUACCUCUUGGCGCAAGAAUCACAUCAACCGCUUGGAUCGUGAAGGGACUUGCAAGCCGAAGGCAGAAGACAUCAUCGAUUUUGAUAGCCUCGAGACGCUGGACUCUGACGACACUGAGGGUACUGACACGAAGACUAAUAUCAACACAAAGACCACCAAACGGCGGACCCGCGAUUCAGAACCACUUGACAUCAGGUCAAAUUCCAGUAAGAAGCGGAAGUCCUCAGAGACAUCUACCAUUGAAAGCGCAUCACCAUCACUACCAGUCUCAGAAGUCAUGGACUCAACUAGUCAAUCCCUUGUUCCAGAUGGGAAUACCCCACCAGAUUCACCCACUAGUGACGGCCAUACCAUUUCAACAAUCACUGAGCCUCACGCUGCUAGUUCCUCAAAGGAGAUGGCCACAACCAGUGCCCCUGCCAGAUUCCGUGCACGGCCCUUGAAAUUUGCGAACCCGCUUACUACUGUUGAACCUGCUAACGCUAAUCGACCCUCAAUAAUUCAACCUUCCUCCUCUGAAGUUCAGAAUACGCCUCCAGCAGAUGAACCAAUAUCUACCCAGCCCACUAGUGAACCCACGCCUUCCAUUGUACCGACCCCAGAACACUCCCCAGAUGACUCUGCAAUGGCUCCCGAUGUCCACUGUGACGCACCAGCCACCAUUCAAGUUGCUGCCGACCUGAUGCCAACUCCUAGCACAACCACUGGCACAGUACCUCCACUGGAUGCCUCUACCAGCAAACCUCUCAAUGUGCCGGCAAAGAAGUCAAGGAAGAUGCAGAUUGGGAAAGCACAGAAUGGACGACUUCAUCACAGCAACCUAUGUGCACGUGAGUGGCUCACUCGUAACAAGACUGGGUCAGCAGCCGAGUUCAAGGUCCACUAUGAUGGACUGUCGGGAGCGCAGAAGAAGUCAUAUGAUGAGCUCGCUACCACGAAAGUUGCAGCUGGUGAAUGGCCCCGAUCCCUGUCAGCAAUAGCGGGCCACAGCGCUCCCUCCCCCAGAACUUCUUGUGAUCUCAUGGCCUCUCAGGAUCGUUCAAGUUGGUCACCUCCUGGUCGACUUGUAGGAAUAGCUGCAUUGAGUAUGGGCUGGAACGGAUGGUGA